AUUUUUAUAAGGGAAAAGCGUUUAUGUUUAUAGUUUAUUGAAAAUAUUUCAAAAAUAAACAUCUAAGAUGACUGUGACUGCCGCACCAUGCAACGAGAGUAUAAGGGAAAAGGCCCUGUCCGACUACAGAAAAAAGCUGCUGGAACACAAAGAAGUUGAGGGACGACUCAAAGAAAAGCGUGAAGAGCUGAAGGAGCUGACCAAACUAUAUGACAAAUCCGAGAAUGAUUUGAAGGCGCUGCAAAGCGUGGGCCAAAUUGUCGGCGAGGUGCUGAAGCAAUUGACAGAGGAUAAGUUUAUUGUGAAGGCUACAAAUGGGCCGCGCUAUGUGGUUGGCUGCCGUCGCCAAUUGGAUAAGGCAAAAUUGAAGUCUGGCACCCGUGUUGCAUUGGAUAUGACCACGUUGACCAUAAUGCGUUAUUUGCCACGUGAAGUCGAUCCGUUGGUCUACAACAUGUCCCAUGAAGAUCCUGGCGAUGUCACCUACUCGGCAAUUGGUGGUCUUACAGAGCAAAUACGUGAACUGCGUGAAGUUAUCGAGCUGCCUUUGCUAAAUCCUGAGCUGUUCCUCCGCGUUGGCAUCACGCCUCCAAAGGGUUGCUUGCUUUAUGGACCGCCUGGCACGGGUAAAACAUUGCUAGCACGCGCAGUUGCCUCCCAGCUGGAUGCGAAUUUCCUGAAGGUUGUUUCCUCGGCCAUCGUGGACAAAUAUAUUGGCGAGAGCGCACGCUUGAUACGUGAAAUGUUUAACUAUGCACGCGAUCAUCAGCCCUGCAUCAUAUUCAUGGACGAGAUCGAUGCGAUUGGUGGUCGACGCUUCUCAGAGGGCACCUCCGCUGAUCGUGAGAUACAGCGCACACUGAUGGAGCUGCUCAAUCAAAUGGAUGGCUUCGAUUCAUUGGGUCAGGUGAAAAUGAUUAUGGCCACCAAUCGCCCAGAUACCCUGGAUCCCGCUCUGCUGCGACCGGGUCGCUUGGAUCGUAAAAUUGAAAUUCCCCUGCCCAAUGAGCAGGCACGUUUGGAGAUCCUAAAGAUUCAUGCGCUUAAGAUCGCAAAGCAUGGCGAAAUCGAUUACGAAGCUAUAGUCAAAUUGUCGGACAACUUUAAUGGCGCCGACUUGCGUAAUGUCUGCACCGAGGCGGGCCUCUUUGCCAUCAGAGCUGAACGGGAAUAUGUAAUUCAGGAGGACUUCAUGAAGGCCGUGCGCAAAGUUUCGGACAACAAGAAGCUCGAAAGCAAAUUGGAUUACAAACCAGUUUAAUUUUCAUUUAUUUUAAAUAUUAAAUAUAUAACAUACUUGUCUGCA